AAUCAGUGACGGUCUGGAAGGAAGGAAGGUAGGGAAAGUAAACAUUGUGUGGAUAAAAAAAUAGCGUGAAGGACUAAUCCGCUAGUCCAGGAGGUCCACGAAAUAGACUGUCCUCUCUCCUGGAUUACUGAAUUGUAAUAUCUUACGAAAAGGUGCCGAAGAACAAGAGCGUAAGAGAAAAGAAAAAGAACGAGUGAGGAGGAAUGAGGUAGCCCACGCGGCUGAGGCGGAGGUGGUGGCGACAGUAGCGGCGAGCCGCGAGCCACCGCCGCCGCCACGCUUCACCAUGCUGCACGCCGCGCUCGCCACGGCCACCUGCAUGCUCGCACUCGCCGCACUUAUCUUCACCAAAGCCUUUGGACCUCAAAACAUCGCGCACGCGAUAUUUUCGAAAGUGGGACUCGGACACAUAUUCCAGAGGACCGACGGAACGUCUGCCGGCGGGAAAAUGCACGGCGAUGCCAUGUACGUGGGGACAGCUCACGGUGGGGCAAGGCACGCCGGAGCAGCGCAUGGCGGGGCAACGCAUGGCGCGGCAGCGCAUGGCGGAGCAGCGCAUGGCGGAGCAGUGCAUGGCGCGGCAGCGCAUGGCGAGGCAGCGCAUGGCGGAGGCUCGCAUGGCGGGGGUUCGCAUGGCGGAGGCUCGCAUGGCGAGGGAUCGCAUGGCGGAGGAUCGCACGGCGGUGGAUCGCACGGCCGAACAACACAUGGCGGGGUUAUGGAUGACGGUACAAUGCGCGACGGGAUAACGGAAAACGGAGCGAUAGUGGACGGGAAAAAAGUAGACCAGAAAUUAUAUGACAAGCAUGUUAUCGACGGCAAAAUAAUGGUCGACGGGGAAAUGGUGGAUAUCGGCUCUGCAGCCGGCCUUGAAGCCUUGCGACGACUAGCGUCAGCGUGCCCAGUCAAACUUGAUCCGGCAAAGCGGAGGUGGCCUCUAGAGGGAGAAACAGAAGAAGGAAAAUAAGAACCAUCUCUCCAUACAAAACAAUAAUCAUGAAAUACAGGUUCUUGUGACAUAAAAUAAACAUUUAAUGUGG